CAUGAGCGGUUUUUGUAGGGGGGGAGGCAUUUUCGGUUUUUCUCUGACUUUUCGCCUUCCUUCUGACACUGUGAUCAAUUUUAAUUUUAGAGACCUCCUCAUCGUCAUACGCAAUGUCUGUAUAACUGCGUAGAGGUGCUCGUCUUAUCGCAAAUUGCAUGAAUUAAGGCAGAAAAAUAUUUACCUAGUGCCUCAGUGAAGUAGAAAAGAGAGUGCGACAGCAUUGCGUCUAUAAAAGAGUGGGACUAUCGCGGUGCUGAAAAUGAUUCUCAUUACCAAUGGCUCUCAGUGAGGGAGGUACAACCGGAGGAACUACAAUGCCAAACGCUUACCUCCCACAAAGGCAUUUCAUCCGCUAAGGCUGUAUAUACAUACGGAAAAAAUUGAGGCUAAGAAAAGAGUUGCGCUACAAGUGAGAUAGAGUGAUAUAGUGCUGUAAAUUGCCGUGUGUGUUCAGAGGCGAGGACAAAAAUAGCAGCGAGAGAAAUUUGCCGGAAUAGAUAUGGCUCUCGUCAUGCUUCCCUGCGAGAUGCCAUGGUGGUCGAUGGUGUAUCGAAAGCUGGCUGAUAUUCAAAAGUGUUCCACUGUCGACUGUCUCAUCGAGCACAUGCAGAAGAUACAUGACACAUGCAAUGUGAGCCUAGAUCCAGAUGAGGACAAAAGAGACUGCACGAUCUUUUUCGGAUUGCGUACAUAUAUAAACAAUCACCUGUCGCCCGUUGAACGUGAGCACAUAUUGCAAUACACAAUUCCUAACAUUGCCCGCAGAGCUCAAGAUCUGAAGAAUCUCAAACCCAUGCGAGGACUCAGCUUCAGUCUUCAGCAACAUUCAGAGACCAUCGAACUAGAGUAUUCUUUUGUGGCGUCGCUUCUAGCUAAUGCGUUCUUUUCGACUUUUCCCAAACGCACUGAGAAAACUCAUCCAACCCUUCAAGACUUUAAUUUUACUCACUUCUUCGUAAAUCUGGCCAUAAAUAAUAGCCAAAAGGCAAAAUUUCAGACACUCAUGCACUAUUUUGACUGGCUGGAGAAGCUUGACAAUGCAAGAGGUAGCCUAAAGAUGUCCAGGCGCGUAAUGACGGGCAGACAAUGGCUAACGAUUGAAGAUUGGUUGGAAUGUGGUGUACCCCUGUCAGAGAUAGAGAUUAAACAUGAGGCGAGGAUUGAGAGGUCACCUCCGGACGUGAUUCAGACUGUUUUUGCAUCUUCUAGAAUUGGCGGUCCAGUUCUGUGGAGCGGGAAUUCACAGGAAAGUCUUCAAUUCUGCACCGUCCCCGAGGUACUCGUGGCGCUUCUCUACGUAGAGGCAUUGGAGGACAAUGAAACCCUUUACGUCGAAGGCGGACGACAAGUGGCCCGGAUCAUAGAUGCCCGAGGUCGAGGAAUAGUUGAACUAUUUGAAACCCCUCGUGAAGUGUGCCUCAACGUUAUGGAUGCCGAGAUAUAUGAUGCUUCAAUAGGAGAAUCGCAAUUUGAGGAGGACAACAUCCUGAGGGAAUUAAACAAGUGCCUUCUGGCUUUCCGGCAACAUCUCACAUGCUCUGUGAUUGAGCCUUCAAGGGAGCGCCGAGAUGGUCGGGACAUUCGCCGUUUGUCACCAAUCGGGGAGUCUGGAACUAAUAGUCCAGGAGAUGUCCCUGUCAUGGCUACAAUUGUGAUUAAGCAGGCGAGUUCUAAUAAGUCCAGUGAGUCAUCCGUUCGUCAACAGGACGCACACUUCCUCUCACCAUCACCUUCUGGACUAGUAGUGGGUCCUACAGCUUCUGGAAGGAGGGGAAGAUUUAUAGUGUUAGGAUCGUCGGGAGAGUGUCUUCCAGUCACCAGGAGAUCCCUGUCCCAAACUGGAAGCAGUUUGUAUUCUAGCUGUGAAUCUUCAGAUGAUGAGUUCCAUAGUGCCCGCAACAGUUUAUCGAACAGCGACGAGGAAGAUGACGAAGAAUUCGCCCGAAAAUAUUCCCAUGAGUUGGAUACGCCAGAAAAACGAUUAUUUUUUGCCCAAAGGCUCAAAAAUGCUCUUCAGCAGUCUGAAGCCUAUACUGAGAGUACAGAGGACAGCUACGCAUGCGGAAUCAGCGUAGGUGACUCCAAAAAUUGUGAUAAUGCCAUCCGUGUACGUCGUGCUGGAUCAGAUGGAUUUGUCCUGCAAGCAGAUUGUCUGGACGACACAUUUUCUGAUGAAUAUCAAAAGCACGGUGAUAACAAGAGCCAAAGUAAUACUCAGAAUUUCGAGAACGGUGCUCUAAAGAUUCGGGAAAGGCGAAACUCCUCCAAGUACAGUUUCAGUACUGAAUUGAGCUCAGAACUAGAAGAAGUCUAUGAACAAUUUUCCAAGUAUGGACUGUGGAUGGACGACCCUAUUGGCGAUAAACAAAGAGAACUGGACCCUCGGGAUGCAGCCGUACUUAAGUUUGCCAACUCCCUACUCAAGCGAACUCUAUCAGAGAGCUUCGUUGGUGUUCCAUUGACUGAGGGAUGCAUUAAUAGUGUGGGUAAUCCUGCCGAGGAGGCAUCCAUACAGAGCUAUCAGCAGAAGAUGGAUAAACCCAGUCUAAAUUCUCGUUCGCUGUCUUUAGAGUUGGCAAAACAAAAGCACAGAUUAGCUGCACAAUUGGUGAAAAAACAAUCCCUGCUGAGAAUUGGAUUGUUGUGUGGCGGACAGAGCAAAAGGCACAGAAAAUGGUCAAUUUCUCUGGUUCACACAUUGCAAACGAUUAAUUGUGGUGACAUCAUUGUUAAACCACCCGUUGAGAUUGCCCAUAUUCUUCAACGGCGCAAGGGAAAUUCAAAUUUGAAGCCAAUUGCAACAGGAAAUUGGGGUUGCGGACGCCGGAAUCAGGGAGAUGUUCAAUUAAAAUUCGUCAUCCAAUGGCUGGCAGCGAGUGUAGCCGGGCUGCCUGUUCUGAUUUAUCACACAGCUGCCAACGAGAGACUUGCAAAAUUGGACACUGUAUGCAGAAUUCUGCUGGAUCGACGAUGGUCUGUCGGACGGCUGGCGAGACUGUUGUUGAGGCAUGCCAAAAGGAUGUUAGAUACACACGAGGACGAGAAUUCUCAGGAAUUCCUGGAGAAGCUCAUAGGAUUUCCUUUACCUCAAAGCAAUUAAUAUACAUAACAUGACGAGUUGAUAACUCGAAUAAUUUUGUACACAUUGUUCAGCAAUGUUAUUUAUGUACAUCGAACUUUGCGUAAUUACAGAAGUCUUCCUUGAGCA